AUCCCCUACAAUGUCCGAUUCACAUGUAAGAGACCAUAACGGCAAUGAUCAAACAAGUACUCGAAGGGAAAAUGAAUUCAUGGAUUGGACACAGACAUACCAAGAUCCUGACAUCAUAGCAGAUAUGGCUGGAUGUGCUGAUAGACAACAAACAAGAACUCGAGAGGAGGUUGAAGGCAUGGAUUGGAUAUCGACCAACCAAGCUAAUGACAGCAUAGGGGAUAUAGCUGGCUAUACGGAUGGAGACAUCGCAAAAAACAACCAUCCUCAAACGCAGUCAGAUUUUCCAGUUGAAGAGAAUGCUUCGCCAGACGAAUUGAUAGAGAAUGGCUUUCAAAAUGAUAUGGAUACUCCUAGAAUAUCCACUGAAAAUGAACAACCGCCUACAAAUGCUGGUGAUAGAGAAUAUCCUAAAAGCAAUGAAGAAAUAGAUUUUGAAAAUCAUCGUCCAAGUCAGGAUGAUAUCGAAUUGAGGAAAGAAGAUCAGAAAAAUAAAAUACUUCCACAUCAAUCGUUGGAAGUGAUGCGGGAAGAUCCCACUGAUCUUGAGAGGGGACUUUUUGAAUUGACAGAAGAGGAAAUUUGGGACGAGGGAUGCCGUAUCUGUAAUUCCUCAAAUACACGCGGGAAACAAACUCACAAGAAACUCCUGAUCAUCGGUUUGCCACCAAUAUUUGUUGUUCACAUCAACAGGAUAGAAAAGGACGGAUAUGGAGGCCUACGGAAGAUCAACAAGACGGUAACAUAUCCUAAAUAUCUUAACGUAGCACCAUUCUGUUCUUCGGCUCUUCUGAAAACUCAGGCAGGGGGUACCCCUCCACGUACCUGGUUUAGACUAUAUGGAGUUGUCAGUCAUGGCGGAUCGAUCCACGGCGGACAUUACUACGCCUACGUCAGAGCCACUCCCCAGAAUGCAUCUGCACUUUAUAGCAACUUCCUGCAGACGAAAUGGAUGGACCCUGAGCGAGUAGAAGAAGAUAUCAAGAACUUUUGGCAGAAUAGUACUCACAGUCAUAAUAUGUCACCAACAAAAUCACCACAGGAUGAUGACAGAGAGACCUGGUACUUCGUCAGUGAUAGUAUGGUUCAGCCGAGUGAUGAGUAUUCAGCAGCCAACGAUGGAAACGUCUAUAUCCUGAUGUACGAGAGGUGCUGCUAGAAAAGGCAAAACUAUCAAAAAAUAUUUUUUAUCAAUAUCGAAGUGUUGUUUUUCAUUGACAUUCCAAGCAACAUGUAAACCGUUUAUGAUUGAUAGCGUAUGAUAGAUUUUUCAUUCAAAAGAUGAUAACACAUCAGCAUUUCAAUAUAUGAAUAACUGAUUAGUGUUGGGUGACAUACAUGCAUUGAAGUGUAUUCUUUCAAAAAGAAUAUACAAUGUACUAGGUUUGAUGUGUUAGUAUGCGUUAUUCAAAACAUUAUUGUUUAUAAAAAAAUAUCAUAUUAUCACGUAGUAUCAUUGGUAAUAAAAUUACUUUUUAUUAAUAUCCAUUAUAAUGUGUAUACUUUACUUAUGAUUCAUAUAUGUCUUUUUAAUUUUGAUAUUAUAAUUUUACAAAUGGAAGAAAGAUGAUUAACCAUCUAUUUGUAGGUUGAAUGGUUUUGAAAACCAGCCGUGAUUUGAUUUUUAAUCAGAAUUAUUUUAUAUUAAAUUACAGUUUUAAUUGUGUAUAAAUAAGUGGACGAUUGAGAUUUAUAAUCAUUUUGCUGUAUGAUGCUAUACAUUAAGUAGAUUGAAUGGUAAGGUUUAAGCGGUGGUGUUAGAUUCAAUAUAACUGGCGUAUAUAAAACAAAUGUGUCAUUUUUGGAUACAAGUAAAUCACGCAUAAAACUCACCUCAAUACGGAGUGGCUAAUGUCUUAGUGAAGAUGGUAAUUACUAUUUGGUGAAGAGGGUCAAUGCUAUUUAAUGAAGAGAGUUAUUACUAUUGAGUGAGGAGGGUCAUUGCUAUAAAGUGAGGAGGGUUAUAUUGUUUUAAUUAGGAGGGCUAUUUCUAUUUAGUGUAGAGGGUUAUUAUUAUUAUUGCUUAGGUGCUUAGGGUUUACCCACUUCCUAGCCUAGACUGGCUUGUGUCCCUUGGGGAGACUAACCCAUUAUCCAGUCGUCUGGGUCAAUAUUAUUAACCAUAUAAUCAACUAACGUUAUAAAAAGACUACAGUGGUACAAUCUAUAAAUGCGGAUACAAUAUGUAAUAUAUUUAUUGUAAACGUAUUCCUCCAAAAUGUUAGAAUUUCAAUAAAAAGGAAUAAAAUUUGGCUUUGUUCAAACUCUAAAAUGUAUUUACCUAUAAUCUACUAUUUUAUCAUUGCUUGUUAAAAUGUAUUGUACAAUUUUAUGUAUACCCAAUGAACUUUUUUCUCUACGUAUGGGAUACUUUGUAAGAGACAAUAUUCUUAUUGUGAUAAGAUAACAGACAAUGUUUUUUUUAAAUUAUUUUACAUGCUGUAUUUUCUGGUCGUGUCUAACUACUGUGUGAUGUAUAUAAGUGAUGAAUAAUAUAAAUGUACACCAAAAAUAAAAAUACAUCAUGCUCAUUAAUCAAAAACAAAUGCUGUCCUUAUUUAAAUUGGGCAAUGUGAUCAAAUUAAUUUGUCUUGAAUUACUUGACGGUUACUAAACGACAAUUACGCAUACUUUAUAUAUUAGCACAUAAACCAUAUCCGCUUUAUGUAUGUGAAUAGAUGGUCUAAGGGAGAUAAUUUUUAUUUUAUUUUUGCAAAUGUCUGUAUCAGCAUUAGUGCUUCAAAAAAUGUUUGUGCAUUAAGACUUCUUCGGUAUCGGCUGAUGUUUUAUGAUGAUACAGAGGGAUUUUUAAUUAUAAGCUUUGUGAUAAUUUUCUUGCUGAAGAGAAUUGUUUGGGUGUUUGAAAACAUAAAUGUUGAUAUGUAUAGUUGCUACUUCGUACAUUCGAGUGUGCAUGUUAUAGAUAAACAUUCAAUCUAUUUUCUCAUUUAAUACAUAGUAACCGGGGCUUUCGAUAACAUUGUGCAGUUAAACAGAAUUAAUUGUAUUUAAUAUGUAAAUAGCUGAGCUUGUAAUUAAAAUAAUCUUUAUGCA